CGAUAUAGACCACCGUAACAGAAACAGAAGCUCGUGUCCUUUGUGUCCUUUGUACUAAAAAAAAGAAAACACAAGUGGCAGAGAGUAAUGUCUUGAUGAAUCUUUUCUAGGGUUUAAUAUAGCGCGUUGCAGCUGCCCACUCGAGUCACUCUCUUUUCGAAAGAUAGCCGUGAAAGCUCUCUCCUUUGAUCUUCCAACUCUAAAUCCCCGACAGAAAUCACAAAAAAAAAAAAAGCCGUGUGUCUUGUCUUAAACGCGGAUCGCGUUUGAUUCCCCGCCGAUGGAGGAGGCAGCGAGUAAUAAUAGAUCCUCCGCCGUUUCGUCCUCUUCAGCUUCAGCCGUCUUCAGAAGGAUCGAGUUUCAUCCCGCGAGGAAACCCUGGAACGGCUUCUCUAACAAAGGUGGUUCCGAUUUCAAGUUGGAGACUUUGAAUCCCAGCUUCUCUUCUGCCAACAAGCUAGCUCUCUCUUCAUCCUCCUCCGUUAAGAAGCAAGACGGGUCCGAUUCGCUCGAUCGGGCGCUUACCUUUAGCAUAACCAUCCGUAAAAUCGGUGCGGGUUUGGAGAAUCUCGGGAAUACAUGUUUUCUUAACUCGGUAUUACAGUGUUUGACAUACACUGAGCCCUUAGCUGCUUACCUACUAAAUGUUGGCCAUGAGAAACGCUGCCACGUGGCUGGGUUUUGUGCUUUAUGUGCAAUGCAGAAGCAUGUGAGGAGUGCUCUCCAAGCUACUGGCGACACAUUAGCCCCAAAAUAUUUGGUCUCAAACCUGCGAUGCGUAUCGAGAAACUUCAGGAAUGGUCGGCAGGAAGAUGCACAUGAGUACAUGAUCAAUUUGCUAGAAUGCAUGCACAAGUGUUCUCUGCCUUCUGGUGUGCCAAGUGAGUCCUCUGAUGCUUACAGGAGCAGCUUGGUUCACAAAAUAUUCGGUGGUACCCUCCGUAGUCGGGUGCAAUGCGCGCAAUGUUCACAUUGCUCCGACAAGUUUGAUCCGUUUCUUGACCUAAGCCUAGACAUUUCCAAGGCAGAUUCGUUGCAGAGAGCGCUCACACGUUUCACUUCUGUUGAGCUCUUAGAUGACGGUGCAAAGGUUUACCAAUGUGAAAGAUGCAAGCAGAAAGUUAAGGCUACAAAACAGCUGACUGUUUCUAAAGCACCGUACGUUCUAGCUCUGCAUCUCAAGCGGUUUGAAGCACAUAGUUCCGAUAAAAUCGACCGGAAAGUCGAGUUUCCCUCUGCAGUUGACUUGAAACCUUUUUUCAGUGGUCCGAAUGAAGGUGACUUGAAGUACACUCUGAAUAGUGUUUUAGUUCAUUAUGGUCGAAGUAUUCAUUCUGGUCACUAUUCAUCCUUUGUUCGCACUUCAACUAGUGGCAUGUGGUAUUCCCUUGAUGACAACAAGGUUUCCCAAGUUAGUGAGAAGAUUGUGUUCAAUCAGAAGGCGUAUAUGCUCUUCUAUGUCCGUGAUAGACAAAACACGGCCCCAAAGAAUGCGCCUGCCAUGGUUAAGAAAGAGAGUCUUUCCACAAACAGAGCUCCUAUGGUUAUAUCUUCUAACAGAAAUGAUCGAGUGAGUGGUUCAACAGUCAUGAAAGCAUCUAGUUUUAACGGUCUUAAUACCAAUGGCACAACACCCCUGAGAUCAUGUAAUCAAGGUGCUCAGAAGGAUCCCACAAGCAGUGCAAAAGAGAUACUUGAGAGGAAAAAUGGUAAAGCACCUUUGAGAUCAUGUAAUCAAGGUGCUCAGAAGGUGCUGCCACUAUCACAGGCUAAUGGGGAAGGAUCAUUGGUAAAGGAGAAUAUAAAGGCUGCAAGCGCAACGCUACCAGGGAAGGUUUCCCCUCUACUGGAUGGCAGCAGCAAGGCUCAAAUUCUUGUGAACUUGCCGACUUCUGUAGCUAAAGCCGAGGAGACUCUCACCACACCAAGAAAGACUCGCAAGGGUAAAACAAAAACGACCCUGCAAGUGGGAUUAAGACUUUUUAAGCUGGCCCUUGGCGUACGCAAAAAGAAGAAACAGAAGAAGGGAAGAUCAAGUAGCUUAGCUGGUAAGGUUAUUUCUGAGGAGCUUCUAUCCGAGAAAAGAGCUGAAGAUCAAGAGCGUUCCACGUCAGAGAUAACUAGCGAAGUUGCUUCCGGCUCUUCUUGCUUGCCUGGAAAGAGUGUCCAUAAUGAAAGGAAAAUGAACAGUAAUGGGAAUAUGUUGCUUGGCUCAGCGACGACUGGAGAUCUCAAGGAGAGUGCUGAUAAUCAAAAUGGUGCCGUUCUUGCUUCAGACCAACAACCACCGUUGAGGAGUUCUGGCUUAUCUAAAGCAAGCCAAAUCGCCAAAAGAAAGAGAGAGUCGUCGUCAAAAGAUGAACAAAUCGUGUUGCAGAAAGAUGAGCCGACGAUUCUCACCCGGGGUUUGCCAGAGAUUCUCACCCGGGGUUUGCCAGAGACAGUUGUUGGCAAAUGGGAUGAAGAAGUCUCGGCUUCUAAGAAGAUGGGAAUGAGUGAAGGCACUAAAAUCGGUUAUGUAGCAGAUGAGUGGGAUGAGGAGUAUGAUAGAGGGAAGAAAAAGAAGAUAAGGAUCAAAGAGGAGAUGUAUGCAGGACCGAACCCGUUCCAGGCGUUUGCAUCAAAGAAACAGACAGACACAAAGAAGAAAUGGACGCAACGCAUGAACACCGCAAAGACAGGUUUCCGGAAAUGAGAAUAAGGAACUGAGCAUCCAUAAUCUAUAUAAAAAAAUGAAUAUGUAAUACACUUUGUUACUGUAUUGGGCAGAAACUAAUAUUAACAACAGAGGAAGAGAGAGAGAGAGAGAGGCUAUAGACGUUGGAGAUUGUUUUUGUGAUCUCUUUUCCUCUCAGUUUUGUUCUGUUUUAGUCUCUCUAGUAAUGCAAUGGUUUUUACUCAACA